AUGAGGGAAGUCAAUUUCAGUAUCCCCAACGUCAACAAGGCGUCCGUCGGCAUCACCACCGCCCUAUAUGACCGCCGUGCUCUCGACUGCACUUCGACCCUCCCCCUCAUCAACUCCCUCAACCAUCUCGCCUAUCUCACCACAUCCUCUGCUCGUAUCCGUGAUAUCCUCACCGUCGAUGGAGGCAUCGAGCGUCUCGUCUGCAUUCUGAAGCAAGGUCGUAGUAAGGACAUGAUGGGAAUGUGGAAGUGGAACCUUGCUUUUCAGUGUGUUGUCAAUAUCGGCGUCCGAGGCACGGAAAACGUCCGCACCAGAGUUGUUGAGGCUGACAUGGUCCCCGUUAUCGCUACCAUCCUCGAUAACUAUACAAAAGCUGUUGAUAAAUGCCGCGAGAAGGCAGAGGAAGCCAAACAGAAGCAGAGCUACGACCAUCAUCGUCACCGAAGCCAUGAACACCGUUCAACCCCUAAAGCUUCAUCCUCCAAUACAGCAUCUGCCUCUGCCUCUGCAUCAUCCUUAUCCUCCACAACAGUAGGUGCUUCUGCGUUCGGCCAUCGAUCCAGUUCUCGUGUCGAUGCCACCGAGCAGCGAUCUCGUCGUCACGGCCCGCCGCCGUCCAUUGAUGUCUCAGCCUCUUACGCUGGGCCAUCCACCGCUGCUCCUCAGCCGCAACCGCAACAACAGCCCGCUGAUACUGCUAUGGGCAAUUCUCAAUGGUCCCAGUCUUCUUCAGAACGAUCUACGUCUUGGGGUUCAUCUCGUCACCAGCCCCUGAGGGGUCUUGAAAGUCGUCACGCCACGACUUCGGCCCCUCGUCAGGCCAUGCAGCCCCUUGCAACUGCAGUUCCUGCUACCGAGACUCUGGAGGGCUUUGUGAGACCUGUUCGUGAUAUCGACCGCCUUGCGUCAAUGGCACCAUUCGGCUCAGAUCUGAUCUCUCAACCCACAUCGCCAACGACCCCACUGCCACCGCCCCAGAUGCGAUCGCCCACCGUCCGCCCAGCAUCUGCUCUUGGGUCCCAACGAUCUCGUAGACGCCCAUCGAUCCGCCACCAGAACUCGACUGCCGAUGCCGACGACAUUAAUGGAGACAGCAUGCCGUCAGACGAGUCACCUGAGACGGAGAUGACAGGUACUGAUAACCUGCAGUCAGCUGUUGGUAUCCAGGAUAUUACCAUGGAAGACGGUGACACCAUGCUCGGUGGUACAGCUCUUGACUUGGCUACGCCAACUGUCUCCGAGACCCAUCAGGAGGCCAGUACCUUCAACAUUAACCACCGUAACCCCAUGGACGGAAGUAUCGCCAACAACAACACCCCGGCUCCGGUUCCUGCAAUUGGCCUCUCACCUAACCGUCCUACUUUGAACACACCCCCUCAGCCCCCUCUGGCCGCCACUACCGUCCCUCGAUAUCUCCUUGACCGCAACUUUGUUCCCAACCCCCAGAUGGUCGCUGCCAUGCCUCGAGAGGAGGAUGUGCUCAUGUCUUUACAGCUUCUUGCCUAUGUCUCGAAGUACUGCGGUCUUCGCUCCUAUUUCCAGAAGAGUCAUCUCGUUCCCCGCCUCAAGAUUGGCAAGGAGCUCGCUGCUAUUGAUAAAGACAUCUCUGCCAUGGAUGAAGAAGAGGAAGAGCCCGAGGUCUACGAAGAAGAUGCCGACGAUGAAGAGUACCUGCUCCCCAACGACUUCAACCUCUUCCCAUUGGUCGAAAAGUUCACAGUCCGCUACCACAGCACUGAUAUGCAGUACUGGGCCGGCGUUGUUAUGAGAAAUCUCUGCCGCAAGGAUGACACACGUGGAGGUAUCCGCCAAUGUGCAUACUAUCAGUGCGGCAAAUGGGAAGAGUACACUCGCCAGUUUGCCAAGUGUCGUCGAUGCCGACGUACCAAAUACUGCAGCAAAGAGUGUCAGAAGAGCGCAUGGGCUUUCCACCGCCACUGGUGUGUAGCGGCCACACAGUAA